GCUGUCUGCUCGUAGAUGAUCACAUUUUCAUCAGCCUGACCCCGCCUCUGGUGAAUGCAGGGGCGCUCCAUGUGACGCUGGGGCUGUAACAAAAAUCCAGUAUGGCGGAAUCUGUCAGGAGAUGAAUUUUUUUUUCUUCCCCUCCUCCUGCGUUCAGGAAAAGAGGAGAAAAAAAACCCUCGGAGUGCUAACAUGGGAGAGAAAUAAUUUUUUUCUUUUUUUUUUUAUAAAAAAGGCAGCCGCUUUGGGACACAUGCUGGGACGACUGGCCUCCUCCUGGCCCGUGUAUAGGUUGGUGCUAAACAGUGAGUUGCCGCUCUGAUUGGAGUUACCGGAUCAAUAAGCUAAUGGAGAUUGGCUGCUGCCGGACGUCUGCUUCCUGUUUCCCGUUUGACCGUCCCGAGUGUUGGAUCAGCCUGAACACGCAUUCAAACGCACACUCUCCUCCUCCGCCUCCUCCCAGCUCUGGCUCUGGCAGGCUAACAGGCUCCUGAUCACCAUCCUGUAAACCACAUCCGUACUUGAACUCAAACACACACACAGACAUACAUCUGUCCUUCAGUCCACACACACACACACGCGCACACGCGUCGAGCUGGGUGCACACUCGCCGUACUGCGUGGACGUCUACCUGACCGACCUGGCAGCAAUGACUUCACACAGCCACCAAGAGGGAAUCCUGGGAAAGGAGCAGCCGCUCGAGGUCCUGAAGACAUCGGCGCUCAACCACAUCCCAACAGUCGACAUCAACUCUGCGCUGCCCCUUCGUCUCCCUCCGGCCGCCAUCCCCAUGGACCUGCGCGUGGACCAUCACCAGCAGCAGCAACAGCAGCAGCAGGUGUCCUCGCUCUCCCCGCCCGCCCAGCAGUCGCCCGGCCAGCCCGGCGGCGGCAGCGUGGUGGCGGCAUCGGUGCACGAGCAGCAGCUGCAGGCUGAGCUGCUGGCCCUGAAACAGAAGCAGCAGAUCCAGCGGCAGAUCCUCAUCGCAGAGUUCCAGAGGCAGCACGAACAGCUGUCCCGCCAGCAUGAGGCCCAGCUGCAGGAGCACAUUCAGCAGCAACAGGAGCUCCUGGCUUUGAAGCACCAGCAGGAGCUGCUGGAACAUCAGAGGAAGAUGGAGAACCACCGUCGGGAGCAGGAGCUGGAGAAGCAGCAGAGAGAACAGAAGCUACAGCUGCUGAAGAACAAGGAGAGGGGCCAAGAAAGCGCGGUGGCCAGCACCGAGGUGAAGAUGCGUCUCCAGGAGUUCGUCCUGAAUAAGAAGAAGGCACUGGCCCAGCGUAGCAUCAACCAAGGAGGCCUACCCAACGACGCUCCCUACUGGUACCGCAAAACCCAGCACAGCUCUUUGGACCAGAGCUCGCCUCCACAGACUGGCGUGUCCACCUACAACCACCCUGUGCUGGGCGUCUACAACCCCCGGGAUGACUUCCCACUGCGAAAGACUGCGUCUGAGCCAAACCUGAAGCUGCGCUCCCGGCUGAAGCAGAAGGUAAGCGAGCGUAGGAGCAGUCCGCUGCUGCGUCGCCGAGACAGUCCCAUCACCACCGCCAAGAAACGCUCGCUCGACAUGGCAGACUCGGCAUGUAGCAGUGCACCCGGCUCGGGCCCAAGCUCUCCAAAUAACAGCUCCAACAACAUCCCUAAUGAGAACGGCAUCACUGUGUCAGUCUCCAACAACACGGAGGCAUCUUUGGCCCAGAGGCUGUGCAGCGGUGCUGAGCGUGGCUCCGUUAGCCAGCUGUCCCUCUACACUUCUCCAUCUUUACCCAACAUCACCCUGGGGCUGCCAGCCACUGCCACGGCCACUGCUGCUUCUAAUGUGACCUCAGCCCAGCAGGAUGGAGGCCUGCAGCCGGCCCUCUCCCUCAGCCCUCCAUUCCUCUCCGGUGGCCACUUGACCCCCUACUUGGCCGAGGCUGGAGCAGGAACAGGCGGGCAUGGUGCACACAGUCCCCUGCUCCAACACAUGGUGCUCAUGGAGCAGAGUCCAGCGCAGAGCCCCCUGGUGACAGGUGUAAGCGGCCUGUCUAUGUCGUCAGCAGCGUCCAUGACCAAACUGCAGCGGCAGCACCGGCCCCUGGGGAGGACCCAGUCGGCCCCGCUGCCCCAGGGGACUGCGGCUCAGGCUCACGCGCAGGCCCUGGCACUGCAGCAGCUGGUGGUCCAGCAACAGCACCAGCAGUUCCUGGAGAAGCACAAGCAGCAGUUCCAGCAGCAGCAGCUCCACCUAAACAAGAUGAUGGCCAAGCCCAGCGAGUCGCCCGUGGGCCGUCAGCACCAGAGCCACCCCGAGGAGACAGAGGAGGAGCUGAGGGAGCACCAGGACGGAGGAGGCCUGCCGCACGGGGUCACCAUCAAGCAGGAGCCCCCCGACCCCCAGGAGCUGCAGGAGGAGGUGCUGCAGCAGCAGCAGCACAGGGAGAGGGAGAGAGAGAGGCAGGCUGAGCAGGAGCUGCUCUUCAGACAGCAGGCCCUGCUGUUGGAGCAGCAGCGGAUUCACCAACUGAGAAACUACCAGGCCUCCAUGGAAGCUGCUGGCCUCUCUAUCUCCUUCCCGGGACACCGCCCCCUGUCCAGGGCCCAGUCAUCUCCGGCCUCCGCUUCCUCCUUCCCGAUCAGCGUCCCCACGCCCGAUCCUCCAGUCAAGCCUCGCUUUACCACAGGCCUCGUGUAUGACUCCCUGAUGCAGAAGCAUCAGUGCAUGUGCGGCAACACCAACAGCCACCCGGAGCAUGCGGGACGCAUUCAGAGCAUCUGGUCCCGACUGCAAGAGACUGGACUCAGAGCUCAGUGUGAGUGCAUCCGUGGGAGGAAGGCCACUCUGGAAGAGCUGCAGACAGUUCACUCUGAAGCCCACGUCCUGCUGUAUGGAACCAACCCACUCCGACAGAAACUUGAUUGUUCAAUCACUCCUAUGUUUGUUCGGCUCCCGUGUGGAGGGGUGGGGGUGGACAGCGACACCAUUUGGAAUGAGGUCCACUCCUCCAGCGCGGCUCGCCUCGCUGUCGGCUCGGUGGUAGAGCUUGUUUUUAAAGUUGCUACUGGAGAGCUAAAGAAUGGUUUCGCUGUGGUCCGCCCUCCUGGACACCAUGCGGAGGAAAGCACUCCCAUGGGUUUCUGCUACUUCAACUCUGUGGCCAUCGCAGCCAAACUGCUGCAACAGAGACUGAAUGUCAACAAGAUCCUCAUUGUGGACUGGGACGUUCAUCAUGGCAACGGCACCCAGCAAGCCUUCUACGAUGACCCCAACGUCCUUUACAUCUCUGUUCAUCGCUAUGACGACGGCAACUUCUUCCCUGGAAGCGGAGCACCUGAUGAGGUGGGCAGUGGCCCUGGAGUCGGGUUCAACGUUAACGUUGCCUUCACCGGAGGUCUCGACCCGCCCAUGGGAGAUGCAGAAUACCUGGCUGCUUUCAGGUCAGUGGUGAUGCCGAUAGCCAACGAGUUUGCUCCAGACAUCGUGUUGGUCUCUUCUGGUUUCGACGCCGUCGAGGGACACCCUCCCCCGCUGGGCGGCUACACUCUGACAUCCAAAUGUUUCGGUUAUCUGACAAGGCAGCUGAUGACCCUCGCCGGAGGCCGCGUGGUCCUGGCUCUAGAGGGAGGUCACGACCUCACCGCCAUCUGUGAUGCCUCCGAGGCCUGCGUGGCCGCCCUGCUCAGCCAGGAGCUGGACCCACUGCCCAAGGCUGUCCUCGAGCAGAGGCCAAACCCCAACGCUGUUCGCUCUCUGGAGAAAGUUUUGGAGACUCACAGUAAGUACUGGCGCUCGGUGCAGCGCUACUCGCCGCGGCUGGGGCUUUCUUUGCUGGAAGCCAAACGAGGAGACUCGGAGGAGGCUGAGGCCGUCAGCGCCAUGGCCUCUCUCUCUGUGGCCAACUCUAAUGCCAUGGAUCAAAGUAGGCCCGAGGAGGAGCCCAUGGAAGAGGAGGAGCCGCUGUAGUGGACGAAAACGUGAGGGUGUCACCGCGUUACCAUUGACCUCUCCGGAGAACGCCUCUUUGAGCAGCAAAGAGUCUCGACUGAUCCCUUCAUUUAGUCCCCAAUAACCCCACUCACCACGUCAGUCACCUUGAUUGGCGGCCCCUCGGCCAAAAAAACGAGGGAGAGGGGGUGGGCUCAGCCUCAAGAGUAGGGAGCCAAUCAGAAGACAGAGGAGGACUGAACUGGAAAAAACUUAUUUAAACAUAACGGCAAGCGCUCGCACAGAGACCUUUUUUCUGUCAGUCUUCGCACCCCCAUGUUAGCCCUCGGCGGCUGACCAAGUGAUCACGGCAGCGGGCGAGCGUAUUUGGAGCGGAGCCAUUGGGAGGGUGGAGAAGGCGGGGGCGAGAUCAGAUCUCGUCACCGAAAGGUGCGAUGACACUUGUGUGCAGAAAAAUACGGUGCUUUAUGCGGCUGCCCUCUGACCACAUUCAGUACGGACACCGGGGACAGCAGACGUCUCCAGCUGUCAAGAGGCAAGCUCGGGGAUUUUUUUCUUUUUUUCUUGACUAUUUUCCCUCCCUAAACAAAUGGGGUGGGGGGAGGUGGGGCAUCACGGCAACCGAGAAGAUAAUUUUACUAAUUGUGUUCACUGUGGACUUUGGUUGGGCCGAAGUUUGAGUAGGCUUUUACAAAGAUUUUAACGGUGAGACUUCGUCGCCUCGCCGGACCAGCCUGUUGUCGAAGGUUGACGAGUGAGAGGAGUGCCUUGGUGAGGGUCCGCUGGAUUUCACGAUUGUUCAGGAAAAGAUUGCCUUAAGAUUUUUCUCGCCGAGGAAUUGGCGCGAGGGUGCGGGAGACGGAGGAGAAUUUCAAGUCCUUUCUUGUGGGGGUGGGGUGGGGGAGAAUGAUGAAAAAUAUAGCAAACAAUCUUUCAGCAUGUUUACUUGGAACGUGACGAAGACAGCAUUUAUGUCUCUCACGGCCUCUCUUGAAGAGUUACUUUACUUUUUUUUUUUUGGAUGGAUCUAUUUUUCUGUAAAAAAGGAAGAAAAAAGAAAGAAAGAAAUGAAAGCGCUUUGUAAAGGUAGUUGCCAGCUUCAGUAGAGUAAAAAAAAUUAAAAAGGUGCAAACAUGGAGACCUUCAAAGAAGGAAUUAGAAAAACUUGCGAAAAGGUUUAGCCUUUAAUGUAGCUUCCCUUUAACCGAAGUCGUCGCUUUGUAAAACGCAUGCAUUUGAGCAGAGAGGCCAGACAUGUUUUUUUUGUUUGUUUCUUUUUAUCUGCAAGAUAUUUUGAAUGUUAUCCAAAAGAGAAAGCCAAGCAAGAGAAAGCCAAAGCAUGAGUUUGGAUUUACAGCAGUACUUAACUCCACUUAGAUGGCAAGCCGACAAACAUUUCACGUAUUGGCCCUUUAAGACGAGGCGCCCAAUACCCAGUUCAAUGUUUACUGAUUUCACUCCUUCACAGAUCAGGUGUGUGUGCCGAUCCCAUGCUUUGCCGGUUGGCAACUACCUUGGUUACUAUUGUGAGCUAAACAUCAGCCAUGUAUAUUGAAUUGAAUAUAUUUUGAGAGGCAGUAAUCGAGUAUUGUCUUUGUUUGUAUUUUACAUGUAUGAUUUUCGCAUCAACUUGUCAAUUCUGCAACGUCAGAAGUGUGUUUGGUAAGCGUGUCCACUCCUUUUCUUUUUUUUUUACUUUUUAUUGUAUAAAAUUAUUUUUCUAACUUUUUUCAUCCAUAGAUUUUGUUCUGUGUUUUUAUCCGUUUUCUGGAUAGUUAUAGGGCUGCCAUUCACGUCCGUAGUACUAUUGUUCUUUCUUUCUUGUAUUUAUCAAAACUAAGGAGCAACUCUUUCUUUCUUUCUUUCUACGGCUCCCUUAAAGCCUUUCUGCAUUUUCAUCAAUGAUGUAUUUAUAACAUGUACUGUUUAUAGGAGAUUUGUAUAUGGAAAAAUUUAUAAAUGUACUCUAAACUAAUGACAGCUAUGAUAUUGUGAGCAAAAAAAAAAAAGAAAAGCAGUAUGGUGUAAGAUGUUACUCCAUCAACUUUGAAAAAGCAGCAUAUUUAACUCGUCAUCGACUGCACUGUUUUCCAGUGGUCACUACGCGGCACCGCCGUUGACUUUUUAAACACCUACAAAGUCAAGACAUUUGAUCACUUUGUUGCCUAACAUUUUCCUCUGGUGCAUGUGCGACAUGCGCUUACCUUUCGACUGUGACAACACCUAAAAAUCAAACAAAACAACGUUUAGAGGCCACCUUAUGUAGCUAGCUGAGCUUUCUGUAGUGGGAAAAGAAAAGAAGGGGACACCUAUGUCAAAGAAAGGAUUUUUUUCUUUUUGUUUUUAAAGCAGCUCGGGAUGGAAACCAUCAGCCAAUCACUUUAAAGUCCUUCUCUAAGCAUGUGUGGCACUAUCAUGUCCGUGACGUCGGUGUUUCCUUCUUCCUUUUUCCUGCUUUGAACUGACCUGACAUGAAGAGUAGAUCGAAUACAUUCAAAUGAGCCCCCAUCUGUCAACUGCUUUGUUAAACACCUGAUUAAAGACGACUGUCAUGUUUAUUUUUAAAGGGACUUUUCAUCCCCCAAAUCAAAUGAGCGUGUUUUUCCUCUGGCCUGUGGUGAUUUAUCCAUUUAGAUUGUUCUGGUGCGAGUUGCCCAGGUUUGAUGAUAUCAGCUGUAGACAUUCCUGCGGCUUUUGAAUAUAAUGGGACUAAAAAGAAGUUUCCUUGUGGUGCUCAAAAAGAAGAAAAAAAGAUGACCCACUUACACAAAAAUAUCCACAAACCUUGCUGUGAGGAGCUUCAUGUAGGAGCUAUUUUCUUUCCACCAAAAUACAUCCGCCAUCUAACUGUGAUUAGACUUAGAUGCCACAUUGCGGAUGGUUAAAUGUAUUUUUGCCCUUGCUAUCUUUGUCAGUGGUGACUCGGGAGAUCUGAGUAUCUGUUCUGACCUAUUUCUAUAUAUAAUAGCAACCUUUUGUGCUUUUUGAUGUUACAGUGUAGGAAAUGAUUAAAACUAAUCAACAGGGGCUUACGUUCCACGGGUGUUAACACUUUACUGUUGCAAAUAUGACAGCAUUGACAGAAUUUCACAAUCUAAACCUCAUACGAGCUUUAAAACUAUCUGCAUACUUCUUUUGGCUAGUGGAUGUAGGCAGUAGAAAUAAAUAAAUUAUACAUAAAUUAUCCAUGAAGAUGUUUGAUUUUUGGAGGACACGUUGUUGCUGAGUUUUUCAAAUAUGUUUUAUAUGCCUUUGAGCAUCACGAGGUGAGUCCCCAUUUUUUUUUUUAACCCCAAUUGAUUUAUUAGUGGGUGGAUAUUUCAACCAUAAUUACCUAUUUGCCAUACUAUUAGUAAUGGCAUUUAUAACAGCCAAUAAAUGAAAAUUUUAAAAAAUAAAGAAGAGAAACACCCUUCAGCUAAGUUAUGAGUGUUGACAUUACAUAGUAUGUCCACCAGAGGCCACUAUGCAGCGCUACAAAGACAACAUCCAGCUAAUUUGAGCAUAGUUGGGCAGAGUGUAAAUAAGUAAGUACGCCACCAAAAAAAUUAGGGUAAAUUAUUUUGUUUGUCCAAAAGAAAAACAUGUAUUGGCCAUUAUAUCAGAAUAUCAGAUUUUCAGAUCACCAAAUGUUGGUAUCAGUCUUAAAAAUCCUUUAUCAGUCAGGCUUUAGCCAGAAAAGGCUGAGUUUUCUAAUCCCAGCACAGUUGGGCAGAGCAUAAACAAGUAAAUAAAUAAGUAUCCCUAACAAAUUUUAGGGAAAUUUCUUUUGGUUGUCUGACAGGGAAAAAAAAAUCAGCCGAUAUCUCAAAAUAUAUUAGUUUUUAAAAAAACAAAUAUUGGUAUCUGUGUUAAAAAAUCCCAUAUCAGUCCAACUCUAGCCAGAGAAGGCCCAGCUGUCUAUAACUGAAACUGGUCCACUUACAGCAGAAUAAUAGACUUGGAUGAGCAGUAGUACAGGCCAGAGGAAAAAAAUGUCUAAAUUUGAGUUGAUAUAAUUUUCUAAACUUGUAAGAUUUGCGAUUAAGUUGAUAUUUUUCAUGUCUAACCAAACAUUCCACUUGUUACUUGCUUAAGUUGUAGAUUUUUUACUACUACUUUUUCUUUUUUUUGCUGUCUGCUCGCGCCAAACUUUAACUCUUUGCAUGGUUUGUGAGUCAGCAUGCCUGCUUGUCUGUGUAACAAAAAGUGUAUUUGCACAAUAGAAGAAGAACACUGGAGGACUUAUAUAUUUAAAAAAAUCAAACAAAAAAACCUCCCUUGGCAACUCCCAAGAGCACCAGGAGGGAUGGUUUUUUUCUUCCUCUCUGGUGGGAAAACAAUUCAAAAGACUUUGUCCAAAUGACUCCACUGAGAAACAUUUAAUAUCAUUCUUAUUGGAUAAGUGAUUUUAAGCACUUACGACUUGUAUGAACUGUGUUUAAGAGAAACGUGCUCUGCCAAACCUCUGCUACAUUCAGACCUUAAAAAGACGCUCCCAAAGAAUGUUCCUCUUUCAAAGAUUUCUAAAUGGGCACUAGAGAAAUCAGUUGAGAAAAGGUUUGGGGGGGGGAAAAGGGCAUCGUCGUUUGAUUGUCACACCCACCUCGGCCAGUUCUAUACAUAUAUAUAACCACUGUGGCUCAAGAGCAAUUCUUGGUUUACAUGUAAAUGGAUAAAAAAAAAAGUUAUUUUUUGUUUGUUGUUUGUCUCUAUUGAUGAAAAAUGUUAUCUUUCUUUGGGACCUACGCUUUGGACAUUUCAUCUCUGACAUCAUCUAUAAAAUAUAUUUCUGAAAAAUA